AUGAGUAAAUUUACAAAGUCCCCAACCUGGAAGGCGGAACCUUCAGGUCGAGCAAAUACCGGUUCGACCAUUCGUGGAAAGAUUUCUGCUCCCAUUCCAAUCCAGGACGACGACGAAUUUCCCAUUCGCUCUCCAGGAACUGGUAUAGCAACGCCUCUUGGAUCUCUUAAUUCUGAUGGAAUCGACAAAGUUAUGAGGGGGUCCGCCAUUUCUGGCCGCGAUAGUGCUCUGGCACAUGGAGAUAUUGGGACCGGGAGUUAUAUCGAACCACCCAGGCGAAUUGGAACCACCCCUCUACCAUCCGAUCGGCCAUCAUAUAAUGCCCCUCACGUAGGACAGAGGAUUACAGCCUUCCAAGGAGCUCAUCGCCUGUUGGCAGACCAUCAGGGAGUGUUGGGAAAAUUAUUUGGCAAGAAAAAGAAGGAUGCUGCAAACAAGAAGCAGAGCGUGGGUGCUCUGCAGAGUGAACAGCAUCACCGCAGUGACCCAUCUGCGCUCAGCCGUAGUCCACUGAAUACCGCGACCUCCCCCAAACGAUCUACUUCCAUGCCGAUCAAUGAGUUUAAUCGAGCCCUCCGAUCGCAUUCUCCUUUCGUAGAUAGCAGUUUAAAGGAACAGAUUAAUACAGAGCGGGACCCAAAUCGUAUAUCCACACAGACACAGAGUACAACGACGAGAACAAGGGUUACAACAGGUAGACUAUAUACUCCAGAUAAAACACCAGGAUAUAUGAAUUGGACGGGACUUUCACCACGACCUGCAAGUGCUCAAGCUAAAAGCAGUAAAGCUCCCUCUGACGAGGCGCUUCCUGGUUCAAUUGGAAUGGCAGUCACAAUUAGCAGUCACCCAAACAGGCGUUCAAGGUCUCUUGGUCAAUUGCGUGAAGCUGCAAGAAUUGCGGGAGGAAUCGAUAGACGUCGAAGCGACGAAAUCCGCUAUUGGAGAGCAAGCUACGACCCGGGGCCAUUAUCUCCAUUAUCAUCAGACAAAGCGGAAGUGGAGGAGCCUAGGUCAAUAAAUGAUCCGGAAAGUCCACGAUUGAUAGAUGCUCAGGAUCAGCCACAGCCUUUCAAUUUUGGCCACUUGAGUGGAUUAAGUGGCAUGAAGAUCACCCAGGCUGCCGACCUGGCAACUAGAGUUGAUCAUAUUGAGUCUAGAUUGGUCGAAAUGGAGAAGACGGUAUUUCAGAUUCGUCGGCGAAUAAACGAAAACGGAGACAAUGUCGCACUUCAAGAUCCCCCCAAAGGAGGCAAGAGAGAUCGCAGCUCUUCUGCUCGUCGUCCUCCAACUAAUAAUUCAGAAACGACUUUACCAGGCUUACCCCGGCAUCGACAUUGGCACGAAUUUGGAGCUCACAGUCGACUCUCGAAUAACAAUCCUCACCGCCCAACAUCAUCGUCUCAUAAUUCUUACCACCCUGACUUUGAUGAUACAACGCAAGCUCCAUAUGCUGCAACGACAGAUGAACGUGUGCACUUGAGCAGCUCUCACACCACUGGUCGACCUCUUUCAACCUCGACUACUAUUCGAGGUCUUGCAUCUAGCUCUCCUACCAUUCAAAAAGAUGCCCAUUUAACCAUGGAGCACUACAACAAUUUAACAAAUAUGUUCUUAGCGGAACAAUCUGCUCGCGAACAACUUGAAAGCAUUGUCCUCACCCUACAACGACAAAUUGCUUCUUAUCCCUCGAUAGCAUCUACGUCUUAUCCCACUCCUGACUCUGCCACUGGAGGUGGCCCUAUUCUUGAUACCACAUCAUCGUCCAAAGGCACAUCUGAAGGCUUUGGCAUGGAUAGUGAUGAUGACGCAUACGCAGCAGGUUCCGAAGUUUUUCAAACCCCUAAAGAAGAAUUAGGAGGUCAGAACUUUGGAGAUGAAGUUUUUGGGACUGGAAAGGGUUACGGAAGCGGCAGUUCAAGACUGACUGUCGACACUGGAAAUAGUGAUGCAAGGACGUUGAGUCUAAGCCAGAUCACGAUGGGGAAGGGUGUACAGCCUAGUUUGAACUUUUAA